CAAGGAAAUCAGAGUUAACCCUGAACUACAAGUGUAACCUAUAUUUUCGGUGAUGUUACUGAUGUUGUCCUUUAACUUUUAAACACUUGUUUUGCCAACUAAUGUUAUGUUUUCGGGACGAUUUACUCAGAGCCCAAUAAUCCUUAGUAUUAUCAGGCGAGCUAAAUCAAGUGAGCAUACAUGUUCUAGGUGUAUUGUUUUUCCAAAACAGUCAAUUUCAGACUGUUUACUAGCUUCUCAACAGCUAUGUAAUGUAAGGUCAUAUACCACUCACGACAGAGAUUUUGGCACCAAGAUGGCCGCCAGCGUAGACCCUGAUAUAAAACCGAAGCAUACAAACAGACUGAAAGACUCCAAGUCUCCUUAUUUACUUCAACAUGCACACAACCCUGUAGACUGGUAUCCAUGGGGAGAAGAAGCCUUCGAGAAGGCAAGGAAGGAAGACAAGCUAAUCUUUCUUUCUGUCGGCUACUCUACCUGUCACUGGUGCCAUGUGAUGGAACGAGAAUCGUUUGAGAACGAAGAUAUCGCCAGAGUCAUGAAUGAACAUUUUGUUAACAUCAAGGUUGACAGAGAAGAACGACCUGAUGUGGACAAGGUUUACAUGACGUUUGUUCAGGCCUGUUCUGGUAGUGGAGGAUGGCCAAUGAGUGUGUUUCUCAAGCCAGACCUGAAGCCAGUGUCAGGCGGGACGUAUUAUCCCCCGGAAGAUCGAUAUGGGCGACGAGGGUUCAAGAGUGAACUGCUAAAAUGGGCCAAAGAGUGGAAGGAGAACAGAGCUCAGUGGGCCAGAGUGAGUGACAGUGUUACUGAGGUCAUCCGCAACGCUACAGUCUUUGAGGUGCCCAUGUCUGAAAACCUUAUAUCAGGUAAUGUGCCGGGUGCGGAGUGCUGGGAGUUAUGUACAGAGCAGCUGGCUGAACAUUAUGAGCCGGCCUACGGAGGGUUCAGCCUCGCCCCAAAGUUCCCACAGCCAAGCAACUUGUUCUUCUCGUUCCACGUUUUCGCUCGUAAGCCAUCAGAGAAAAACAAGAAGCUGCGAGACAUGGUGCUGCACACGCUAAAAAUGAUGGCGAGAGGAGGCAUACACGAUCAUGUGGGAAAGGGGUUCGCUCGGUACAGUACAGACAUGAAGUGGCACGUGCCGCACUUUGAGAAGAUGCUGUACGACCAAGCGCAACUAGCAGUAGUGUACUCCCAGGCCUACCUGGCUACCAAGGACCCCUUGUACGAGGCUACAGUGAGGGACAUCCUGGCCUAUGUGGCUAGGGACCUGAGUCACAAGGAUGGGGGAUUCUACAGCGCUGAAGACGCAGAUUCUUUUCCCUCGAAUGACAGCAAGGAAAAGAAAGAAGGAGCUUUCUGUGUAUGGACUCAUGAAGAAGUAACGAAACUACUUGGUCGGGCAGUGGAAGGCAAGCCAGAUGUUAAGCUGGCUGAGGUGUUCUGCCAUCAUUACAAUGUUCGGCCGGGUGGCAAUGUUGAUCCAAGUCAGGAUCCUCACAAUGAGUUGACCAAUCAGAACGUACUGAUGGUGGUCAGCACUGAGCAGCAGACGGCAGCCAAGUUUGGUCUAGAAGUGACCACAGUGCAGACAGAGCUAUCACUUGCCAGGGAGAUUCUGUACAAGGAGCGGCUUCUGCGGCCAAAACCUCACCUGGACAACAAAAUAUUGACUAGUUGGAACGGUCUCAUGGUGUCUGGGUUUGCCAAAGCUGCUGAGGCUCUACAAGAUGAGAGUCUUACAAAGAGGGCUAUCUUAGCAGCUGAAUUUUUACAAAACCAUCUCUAUGACAAAGCCAACAAUGUUCUAUUGAGGAGUUGCUAUACAGAUGAGUAUGGAAAUGCUACUCAAAUUUUGCCACCAAUCAGAGGGUUUUUAGAUGACUACGCAUUUCUCAUCCAAGGACUAUUGGACUUGUAUGAGGCCAGCCUAGAGUCUAGAUGGCUGGAAUGGGCGGAGCAGCUUCAGAACAAACAAGACGAGUUGUUCUGGGACGUAGCGACAGCUGGAUACUUCUCUACACCACACAACUCUGACCUGAUACUGCGCCUCAAAGAAGACCAAGAUGGUGCGGAGCCGAGUGGCAACAGUGUGUCAUGUCACAAUCUGCUAAGGUUGGCAGCUCUGCUGGACAGACCCAAGUACAAAAACAAGGCUGCCAAGCUACUUGCGUCCUUCACCUCAAGACUGACCAGUCUGCCUCUGGCUUUGCCUCUGUUGACAUCGGCUCUGAUGUUAUAUCACGACAGCCCUACACAGAUCAUCAUCACAGGCAAGAUGUCUGACCCCAACACAGCAUCACUGGUGAAUGUGGUCCGCUCUAGGCUCGUAUCAGGCAGAGUGUUGAUAUUAGCUGACGGAGACACUACCAGUAUCUUGUACCGCAACAGCGAAUCUAUGAGGAGGUUGAAAACUCCCUCCAACAACCAACAGAGUGCGUAUGUAUGUCGCAACCACACAUGUGCGUUGCCUGUGCAAACAGCCCACGACCUUGCGUCAUUGCUAGACUCAGCCAGUCAUUAGAUGGCACUGUGUAGAGGCAAAUUGAAAAUAUCUUGUAACAACUAAUUGUAUAGUGAUGAUUUAAUUUAACUUUUUCUUUUUACACUUAGUUUUUGCAUAAGUUUGACUUCAAGUUUGGUGAGAUAGAUUAAGCCAAUAUUUUAUUAAAUAAGAACUGAAUCGAAUGAGCCACUGAGUGUGCUAAAGUCUAAGCAUUUGUUUCUCACAUUUUUUUUCUAUACCGUGUUAGUUUAUGCAAUAUAAAAGAUCCUUUAUAGUUUACAAGAAGUUUUUCUUUCUGUUUUAAUUUGUCAAGAGUUGAUGUGUUCGACAGCACACUCUGCCUGUGGCUACAUUCAUUUACAUUUUAAAACUCAUUACAACUAUAACACAACAAUGAAUUAUCUAGUGCUAUCAGUUAAAGGUUUAUACCUACGACCGUUUUUUAAACUAGCUGUUUCAGUUCAGUUCUUAGAAUUGAAAAGAUUCAUUAAAAGCAUUAUUUUUUUUACUUAACAACACUGGUAACGGACCAAUGAGGAUCAUGGAUUAAGAGAAAAGCAGUAACAAAUAUUUACACAUUUAAAUAUUGAAAUGCUUCGUACUUCAUCUAAUCAGCUUUUCAGGCCAAUUUAUUGUUAUUGAGUGGUGCAAUUAGUUUUUGGUACAAUGAUUCGUUGCAUCACUGUCAGUGGCAAUGAGAACUUAUAAACGAAAAUGUAACCUCUUGUAGUAGUUAUGAGUAGUGAUUGUUACUAAUUAAAAAACUGUCUUAGGUAAAGUAGUGUACACAACUCGCCUAAAUAGCCUUAACGACACUUUUUAAGGCACUCAUUAAGGCUUGUACCUUAAAUUUCUACUCGUGUCGUUAACACUAUCUUUACUUGGUCGUUGAGUUUUUGUGUAAACUACUAUUACUAUUAAUUUACCAGUACCUUAAUUAUCAGCUUUGAAAUGUGCAUACCAAUCAAAAAUAGGCUAAAUUAUUUUUAACUUAAAUUUUCAAAUAAAUGCUGUUACUUGUUAUUUUGUAAGGCAAAAGACACAUUUGUGUAUGAUUUGCAAGUCUUUUGUUUCAGGCCAUACUAGCAUAUUGAAAAUAUUCUAUAACAAACCGAUUUUUAUCUUUUAGCUGUUAUUAGCAUACUACCGGUACAUUUUGUUUAGACUAAGUUUAUAUUGUAUUAUAUAUGUAAAAAUUUUAUUUUGAAAUUGUUACUUUUAUCAUUAUUGUAAAAGAUUGAGUGAAAAAUCAUAAUACUCCAGGAAUUGUUAUUGCUCUUGUAGCCCCCACAAGUAUUAGCAUCAGUUUAUUUGUAUAUUGCAAUUAUUUUUUUUUUUACUAAUAUUGCAAUCCUUUGAGUUGAAAGGAAGAUAACUAGAACUAAAUAAAAAUGCUGUCUUUGUUUCUCAAGACUAAUUAUAUUUAUAACAAAUAUUUUAAUGCAAGACACUUUUUUAAUGUGUGUGUAUGAUAAGUUUUACAAGUUUUAACAUUUAAAUAUUAUGUACAAAAUUUAAAAAUCCUACCAACUAGGAAAUACCUGGUGAGUACCCGUUACAGGUCUCCUAUCAUUCAUUCAUUUAAUUAGAUUAAGUUUGCUCUCUUUGUUUAUUUUAAUCACUGUGUAUACGUUAUUGUUUCAUACCAAAAGAGUGUGAAACUUAUAUGCUUAUUUAUUUUUACAAUACUAUUCAAAGCUAUUUAUUUCCUGUAUUAUGUAAAUAAUAUUUAUGGUGAGUUAGUAUUUCCUUGUAAAAAUUUUAGAUAAGCAUUAUUUUAUCAGGGUAACGUUAACGAUGUGAUAGCAGAAAAUGUGUGUGUGGUUUUGAUUGUUUAAAAAUUUUUUUUUUUAGAUUUGUGUGAAACUUGAGGGUUGUGCUACGAAAUGUGAUGAAAUGAUUACCAUGUUGUUGUUGUUGUUAUUGUUGUUGUUUUUUCUUAGACAAUACUGUAAUGACAUGUCUGUAUGGAUUUCAGUAAAAGCAAAAAAGCAAAACUACAUAGUAAUCAAUUGUUAUAUUUUUCUCUCUUAUUAAUUUUAAAUUGUGAAAAUAUGAAUGUUUAAGUACAAUGCAAUACUCUUUGAAAACUUUGGUUACAUACACAGAUAAAACAGAAAAAUAAAAACACCAAAACUAUUUCAACAUGGUGAAAAUUUGUAGAUUCACAUUGCUAUAAUUUACUCAGCAGUAAGGUUAAAAGAACGUGCUGAAUAUAAUUUAUAGUAAAACAAUAUAAAUACAAGACUAAACAUUUAGUCAUGAUGACCCCAUGUGCAUUUUUUACUACACUGAAUUAUUGAUGUUAGGCAAAGAAUAACUAAAACAAAAAUCGACGAAUCUCAAUUGUUUUUACAAUUUUUUUUUGCACAUUAAGAUUAAUUUACCCCAUUUAGAAAAUGCUCACUUGGCAAAGUAUACAUCACAAAAUAUCAAAUUUAUUUCUCAUUGUAUCCACAGCAAAAUAAAAUUAUUACUGAUAUUUUCAUUUUUUUACAUAUGCAAACAUGGGAUUCUGUGAUACUCUUUGUUAUUUUUUGUGUCGUUUUUCGUUUUUCUGGUAAACAAAAUUGGUAAGGAUCUGAAUGUUGAAAAAGAAAGAUGAAGAAUUUUGUCAUUAGUUUCAUAGCAAUAAAUGUUUGAAAUGUU